AUGAAUUUAUUGGGAACAAUAGCCGAAUCGAUGCGAUCACUACUUAUCCCACAAACACAACAAUCGUCCCAAACAUUUGAAGUAUUUACGCCUAAAAAUCAAAUGCCAUUAAAAAUGAGAAAUACAAACCCAAAGCCCAGUCUCGUAAUGACAAGCGUUGUGGUAAUGAUAGCCGUAUUAAUACUAAUACUGAUGAGCCAGUCGUCGUCGGCGGCGGUCGGGGCCGAGGACUCGCCGCUUAACAUACGGGUGCCCUCGAGGUUUGGCAAACGUAACAAUCUGUUCAAAUGGUGGCGAUUGUAUAAAGGAGACGGUGUGGUCGACAACCCGUUUAGGUCUGAUCCCAAUCCGCAAACACUUUUCAACGAUAACAACGAGAAUUACAAUUUAGGGUUAAACGAAGAGAAUGAAGGGUUGAGGGGGUGUGUGAGUGAGUGGGAGGUGUGGAGUCAGUCGGGGGUGACGGCGAGCACUAAAAGGCCGAGUGAGGCCACAUUGGCGGCGGCGCCGUUCACGUGCUUCAGCUCUACCGUCUUAGAGGUAAUGGUCUUUUUGUUUUUCUCGGCCGUGUCGUCCUCUACGUCGUACUUGCACUUGAAUACGCCGCCACUCUUGUCGGUCAAUUUGGUAACAGUGACGGUCACUUUCUUGCCCUCCUCUUUGGCCACAACGUCGCUAAAGCCCUCGGCGUGUGUUCUUGUGUUAAUUAAUCUCAAUAACUUACCGAAGGUGAAUUUAGUGCCGUCAAAUGUACCAGUGGCGAUGGGUUUCUCAACGGCCGACACCUCUAACGAUUUAAGUGUUUCGCCGGCGGGAACGUCGUAA